AUGCCACCUACCAUCAAGCUCACUAAGGCACAAGACUGUGGUGUAGUCUUCUGUGGCUUAUUCGCGGUUUUAGCAGUCUUCACCUAUUUUCUUGUGCCCUGGGCAUUAAAACGCAGCAAACAGUUGAUCAUCAUUUUACAAAAUGACACGCAGGAGACGGAAAUCACCCAAAACGCCAAUACCAUGACCACAGAGAGUGAGUUCAACAACAACAACAAUAACCGUAUCAUUGCUUUAGAAAACACACAAACUGAAAACACACGAACUGAAAACACACGAACUGAAAACACACGAACUGAAAACACACAAACUGAAAACACUGCAGUCACCAAUGAACGUGGUCCGCUUAAUCGAACUGAGAUUAGAGACAGUAUUUGGCCUGCCAAUACAAAAACGCAGGCAAGAGUUCAACUUGUGUUGAUCAUUUUUGGUAUGAUCCUUGGUGGAUUUAUUUUCCCGCUUGGUAGUUGGGAAAUUUUUGGUGCUAUAUGCAAAAAUUGA